AUGAUCGCCGUAGUAGGUUUAGGCUUCGUUGGAUCGGCACUGUGGAAAAGUUUUGAACAUAAAAAGGUGACGCCAUUAUUUGUCUUUGACAAAUUUAAAAAUGGUGGGAUUGGAAGUUUGGAGGAAUGUUUACAAAGUCGAAUUUUAUUUAUUUGUUUACCUACUCCGUACAACGAAGACACGAAAGAGUACGGAAAAGAAGCUAUCAAUGAAACCAUGGAGAGGCUAGCAGCUUGUGAUUAUGCUGGUGUUGUCGUGAUUAAAAGUACUGUCGAGCCUGGAACAACGGAAGAUUUUUCAAGACGAUACCCAAAACUCUCGAUACUACACAACCCCGAGUUUCUUUCUGCGGCGACGGCUUUUCACGAUUUUCACAAUCAAAAGCACAUUGUAUUAGGAGCUGGAAGUAAUUGCUCAGAAGAUCAAGUUCAGGGAGUUUAUGAUUUUUAUCAUACUUUUUAUCCGGAAGCUGAAAUCUCGUUGUGUGGUUCUAACGAGUCUGAGUCGAUGAAAUCCUUUGUAAAUUGUUUUUAUGCCCUUAAAAUUCAAUUUUUUAACGAACUCUUUCUUUUAUGCCAAAGUAACGGAACCGAUUUUAAUACAGUUCGAGAUCUUAUGUUGAAAAACAAGUGGAUUAAUCCAAUGCAUACUUCGGUUCCCGGUCGCGAUGGGAAAUUGAGCUACGGAGGAGGGUGCUUUCCAAAAGACACAAACGCCUUACUACAACACAUGAAGAGAGCUGGAACUCCACAUGCUGUGCUUGAAGGCUGUAUCAGCGAACGAAAUGUGAUGCGUGGUGAAGUUGUAAAAGACCAUAUUCAAAACAAGUUGACGAACGGACACACCGAACAUGCGAUAAAAUUGACCAACGGUUUUCCCAAUACCGAUAUUAACCAAAACGGACUAAAAUUAAUUAAGCAUAUAUGUGGACACGUGGAAAAUGGUCACACGCCAAAACAACAUCCACAGUGCGCCUGCGAAUGA